AUGACCAAUGAUGAAAUGGAUGCUGCGUUGAUGCAGUUCGUCAACGCCCUGGGCUUUGUGAUCACGGUUGGCCUAGUCGGGUUCCACUACAUGACGUCCACAGAACAAGACGCGGAAGAGUAA